CUCGUUACUUGAUAUAGCAGUAGAUACUAAACAACCUAUAUGGCACUUUGUUCGGCCGCAAUCAGUCACGUUGCCGUUGGGGAGAGAGCAUCGAAUGACACCUCCCCUUGGCUUGGCUCCACGCUGGAAAAAGGCAAUACGAUCGUGGCCGCGGACAUCGCGCCUCAACAUUGGGAGACGAGGCUGAGCGCGGCAGAGGGAGGGGAGGCGGCCGCGGGCAUCGUGGUGCAGGUCGGGAAGGAGGCGCGGCGGAGGGGAGACAACCGUGGGCGUCGUGGUGCAGGUCGGGAAGGAGGCGCGGCGGAGGGGAGACGGCCGUGGGCGACGUGGGGCUUGGCGGCCGGGUGGGGAGGAGGUGCGGCGGAGGGGAGGCGACCGCGGCGCCGCGGGGCUGGGCCGGGCGGGCGACGGGCGCGCCUGUCCGCUUGCGCAGCAGUGGCCGCGUCUGGCCGUCGGCGGGUGUGGACGCCGAUGGGCUGAUCACUCCAUGAUGGUUGAAGCAGGCCAACGAUUGCAUCAGUGUUGCAGUGGGAAGUCAGACUGAAAAGGAGGCUGCAAAAUUAAUCUUUUGAUGCUGAAAUAACUGACAAUGUUCAAGCUGAGAUGAAAGCAUAGUUCCUCUGUGUAAAGACUACUUUGUCAAGCAGAUACAGUGACAAUGUAGUUCCCUCUUGCUUAGAGCAUUUCCAAGAGCUCUUAUAUUUAUGAAUAGCUAAAAUCCUAAUUUAGCUAUUAUGUAAAACAAAAUAGCUAGCGAAAAAGUGAUGAAAUCCAACAGUUUCUUCAAAAUCCAAAAAGGAAUGGCUAGCGGCACCCUCUGGACAGAAAACGAGGAUAGAAGACGAAGUAGAUAGAGUUUCUGUUGGAUAGGGUUUUUUGUCUUGUUUUUCUUUUUUAGAAAACUCACCUAAGAUACAAGAACUCUUGAAGAUGCUUUAUCACGGUGGCUUUCAGAUGACAGCAUUGCAGUAUCUUAUUGUUUCUGUAUGUUUUUUUAAAGUGAACCAAAGCUGUUAGUGUUGUUGUUGUAAGAUCAAGUUCUCAAAUUGUACAAUGUAUGUAUAUGUUACAAAAGAUAGAUUAUUCUGAGAUUAUA